ACAUAAAUAAAUAACAAGGUUCUGACCUUUUCACUCUAUCUUCUUUUUUUCUACCAAAGAAAUGGAGAGCCAAAAAGCUGUCGACAAAGAAGCCAAAAAUCUAUCACCAUGCAGCAGUGGAAGAAGGAGCAACACAAGCAGCCAUUCAAGUUCACCUGAAUUCGAGUUCUGGAUGCUCCGAAACCCGUCUUUUCCUCAGCCCGAUCUCAUCUGCGCUGAUGAACUCUUCGCUAACGGCGUUCUUCUUCCUCUCCAUCUCUUACCCAACAAACAACCCGAAGAGAACCCACAAGCCGACCCAAAUCCACCCGCAUCAGAACCUCCUUUACCCGACCUAGAAUCCCAACCUGGCCCUCCUAUAACAUCGGAGCCAGUUCCUGUCUUGUCAGCUUCGAAACGGUGGAGAGAUAUUUUUAAGAAAGAAAAGGGCAAAAACGGAACAAAAAAUCCAGAAGACAAGGAUAAAGAGAAGAAAAAAGAGAAGAAGAGUCAGAGCCAAAGCGGAGCGAGUCCAGCUGAGUUGAAUAUAAAUAUUUGGCCUUUUUCGAGGAGCAAGUCGGCAGGUACCAGCGGGACUCGACCCAGGAUGCCUUCCGGUGCGGCGGGCACCCGGAAGGUAAGUAGCGCUCCGUGUUCCCGAAGCAACUCGGCUGGUGAAUCCAAGUCUAGAAAGUGGCCGAGCAGCCCCAGUCGGGCAGGGGUUCACUUGGGCCGAAGCAGCCCAGUUUGGCAGGUUCGGCGUGGAAGUUCCGGUGCUAAGAACCUCGACAUUUUGGCUCGGAGUGCUGAAAAGAGUAGCGGUAAGAAAGAAGUUACCGAAACUCGUCGCGGUAAAAUUGGUAACGCAGGCAACGGUAACAAAUCCAAGGUUUUGAACAUGAACGUGCCAAUGUGUAUCGGGUAUAGGCAUCAUUUGAGCUGUAGAACCGAUGAAAAUAGUGCCACACUUGCCGCUAUAAGCACCGAGAGCAACGGUGGCAGCGGGGGAAAUGGUAGAAGCACGGGCCCUAACGUUGGAAGUGGUAGUAAUUUUUUUAACCUGCGCAAUCUUUUCAUUAAGAAAGUUCAUUAAGUGUGUUAAUCAUUAUAGUAAUUUUGUUACUCAUCCUUUUCUUGUGUAAACAGAAAUUUACCCGUAAUUUGUUAAAUACUACUAUCAAUUAUUGUGUAUUUUAACUAGAGAUGUAGAUUUUUGGCACUCGGAAAAGUUGCUGCAGUUUUUUUG